AUGCUCCAGCUCCGACCCGACUAUUGGUCCGACGACAUCAUGGACGGUGUUCUCGGUGCGAGUUUGAUGCGCCCAGGUGCCGCACCCCGUCGCUUCGAUGAAUACUAUCGAUGCUACCCUGUUGCCAUGCUUCCCGGCCCUGAGCGAGAGAACGUGAACCAUGGUGGAAAGGUCAUCAUGCCGCCCAGUGCUUUAGAUAAGCUUACACGCCUUCACAUUACCUACCCCAUGCUAUUCGAGCUACACAAUGGUGCGAAGGAGAGAAUGACACAUGCGGGUGUCCUGGAGUUUAUCGCUGAGGAGGGCAAGAUUUACCUACCAUUCUGGCUCAUGCAAACCUUGUUGUUAGAGCCCGGCGAUCUGCUCCAGAUCAAGUCUACAGAUCUCCCUCCUGGUCAAUUUAUCAAGCUUCAAGCACAGUCCACCUCAUUCCUUGACAUCAGCGACCCCAAGGCCGUCCUUGAAAACGCAUUCCGGAAUUUCUCAUGUCUCACCAAGGGCGAUGUGUUCACAUUCGCCUAUAAUGAUCAGGUCUAUGAGAUGGCAGUCCUAGAGACCAAGCCUUCUGGGUCCAAGAAUGCGGUGUCGGUUCUGGAAACCGAUCUAGAAGUCGACUUUGCCCCGCCAGUUGGAUACGAAGAGCCACAGCGGACCAGUGGCACCAGCACACCUGGCAGUGCCAUAAGCGGAGGGAAGCUACCUGCAGGCGGAUUACUACACCCUCAAGGGAGCAUGGCGCAGUCUAUCAAUUAUGCCGCCAUCGCCCCCGAGUCAACCGACGCCGCUGCUGGUGCCCGGGCCGUGUCUUCCAACUUCUUAUCGGAAGGCCAGCGUCUCAACGCAAAGAAGGGCAGCAAAGCGCCUACUCCCAAGGCCAGCACUCCGACGCCCGGCGCUACAAAUCCCCAGCACCCCCCACCAAUCCGGAGGACCAACGGCCCCCAGCCUCUUCGGUUACCUCCCAACCAACUGUUCUUUGGAUACGCGAUCAAGCCGGCCAAGCCUCGCGAUGAGAAAGGGCUAGUGAUCCCAGAAGAUCAGCCCAAGUUCCAGGGUAUCGGUCAGACCCUACGCGGAAAGCGAAAGGACGGAGGUGGAUCCGCAACCCCCACAUCAGGUAGCGAAGCCGACAGCCAGAAGGGCAAGGCUGCCGGUCGAACCCUUGGUAGCACCAAGCGCUAA